UCCACCCAACUUGAAAGUCACAACCCCAAUUCUGCUUUUUCUGCACAGGUGUCCUGUGCCUGUGCUUUAAAAAAAAACAAAUUUUUGCAAUGAAGAUAUUUGAAGAAUUAUUUCCUGACCUUCAGCUCUGAACACCAACAACACCACUCCAAAAACUACAUCAUUUGGCAUCCAGUGUGGAGCUUUAAGUCUUUUCUUCUGGACUCUAAGCCAUGGUGAAAACUGUUAUUCCAGGACCUGGAGUAAAGAUACUUUUAAACACAAAACCCAGUAAGACUGGACUUCCUUGGAAACUGGUCUCAGCUAAUGUAUUGAUUAGAGAAGGAGCUUCUCACACCAGACUUGCCAGUGUGAAAAUGACCUGGAGCUACCCUGUCAGGCUUCUGUUUUUUGUCAGUUUGGCAUUAUGGAACAUACACUUGGGAAACAACAGUAACAGAGAAGAAAUCAACAAUGCUACAACCCAGAAGCUCCAGCAGAAAACACUCAACUGGACCCUGAAUAAUUUGGGGGAGGUGAACGGGAACGGAGAUGGCUGGAGGCCCCAGGAUACACGUCCCUACUUCCAUGCUUUCCAAGAUCGUGCCUCCUCGCCGCCGCGCUGCUGCAGGAACGGCGGCACCUGCGUGCUGGGCAGCUUCUGCGUAUGCCCCGACCCCUUCACCGGCCGCUACUGCGAGCACGACCAGAGGCACAGCGACUGCGGCGCACUAAUGCACGGAGCCUGGACGGUCCGCGGCUGCCGCCUCUGCAGGUGUGUCUUCGCAGCCCUGCACUGCCUCCCUGGCCAGACACCUGGCAGCUGCGACCUGGAAGAUUUUCUUGCUGCACACUCUGAUGGACUAAGUGCACAACUAAGCUCACAACGCAUGCUGAGUGUUCUCUUCCUCCUUCCGUGCUUGCUCUUACAAACCAUCCUGAGUGAAGGGGGAGACUGCUAACUAAACCGUAGAGGACUUAAUCUGCAGUUCCACACUGGCAGAACCUUGGCGUCACCAGCACAGCUUGAGUAAGCAUGGUCCUCUAUGGGAAAACCAGGACUUGUGCA